GUUAAAUUACAAGAAAAUGAUAAGUUAGGGUAACUAGUUUAUAACGAAAAUCCAGCUAUAGAUUUGGCAGUCUGUUUAGCGUGCUUUAAAAUGUAUCUUUAGAAAACUUACGACAUCAUUCCUAUAAGUUUAACUUAGAUUUAGAUCAAAUAAGAUCUAGUUGCUGGAGCGUAGAAUGAGAUUUAUAGGAAGGUGCCUAAACUUAAGACAUACGAGGCAAUUCUUCGUUACAGUUUACACUUUUAGUUUUAUUGAUACUGAUAGUAUUACUAAUAGUAAAUAGUCAAUACCAGUACUACCUGAACAUUGAUUUACUAUUCAAACUGUAAUACACAGUAAUAAGCUGAUUUCUGAUUGGUCUUUCUAUGUUAUUGUUUAACGGAUGUUUAAGGUUUUGAAAUUUCAAGUAUGGUUAACUGUUAAGACUUAAGAUUAAGAAUAUAACUUGGUAAAAGUUAGAAAUAGUAGUAGUACUGGAACUAGUGGUAGCCAAGCUGUGAACUGAAAACCAGGAUACAAUAAUCAGUAAUAUAACUAUAUUAAUUUAUUCCUUAAUAACAGUAGUAAGUUUAUGUACAAUUUAAACUAGUGAGAGAAGUCUCAACUUCAGUUCUGAUAUUGAUGUUAGCAUAUUGCCAUGGAUGUGCUUACAAAGCGUAUGGUAUACAAUUUAAGACUUAAGCAACUGUCUUCAGUGUUCUUAUUACUGUUAAAGUUAUUAUAGGGUCAUGCCACAUUAUAUUUAUAGUAAUUACGUUUUCUGUUUGUGGUAUCAUUUGAAUUAAUUAUACAAGGACUUGCAAGGCCUUAGACUUCAGAAGAAGAAACCAUUGAAUCACAUGAAAAGUAGAGUGUGUUUUACCUCUCUUAAAAAUUGAAAUGGGGGCAAUGUCAUCUACUGGAUAUCAUUCUUCUGAUUCCAUGUCAUCCAUUCAAACAUCUAGUGAGUCAAGUGCUGUUGUUCCAGGAUCCAGUAAUCUCUCUUCAGACCUGACUCAAAAUUUGGGUGUUCAACUUGGAAUAGGAAAGGAAAAGAAACGUAAGGCAGCACCACUUGUGUUGUCUACUUUAAGAAAGAGGUUUAUUAGAAAAUGCAGAACAAGUAAAUUAUUUGAUCACAGUCAGGUUUUUCGUGAAUUUUUAGAAGAAUGGAGCCUAAGGGAUAUUGCUUUGCUUGUAGAACACUAUGAAGCACAAAUUGCAUUGAGGGAACUCGCACUACAAGCAGAUUUAGCUCGUCCAUCCGCUAGAAGUUGUCAGCAAGACUUGGGCCUCAUUUAUGAAAGUAAGUUCUCCUCUGAUAUUGAAUUAAUAUACAAAGGGAGAUGUUUUCCAGCUCACAGAGCAAUCUUGUGUAUAAGAUGUCCUUUCUUUCGAGAAAUGCUGUGCGAUCCACUGUCGUGUGGAAGUCAGGUAGCCAUUGAAAUUGACAUUCCUGGUGUUAGCUUUGGUAUGUUUAAUGAACUACUGAGGUAUCUCUAUACGGGAGAGCUGUCUGUUAAUGAAAAAUAUGAAGGCUAUGUCGAUACACUAAUACAACUGAGUGAGCAGUUCGGAAUUCCUAAUCCUCUCAAAGAAGAUAUGAAGUACCUAAUGUCCAGUAGACUAUUUACUGAUGCUUGUCUUGUGUUCCGUCAUUCGUCUGGAACCUCGUUUAAAAGAGAAAACAGUAUCAUAGCAUCAUGUAGUUUAACUUCUAAAGUAGGUCUUUCACCUGGUGUUCAAGUGCACGAGCUAGAGGAUGAAAUACCGUGCCAUAAGGUAGUUUUGUCAGCAAGAUCACCCUUCUUUCGAAAUGUAAUACAACGAUACCAGAAGAGGUCCACUGAAAUGAAGGAGCCAGCGAUCAUGCAGAUAGUUUUAGAUGAUGGCAUUGUACCCAGACGAUAUGCAAAAAUUUUACUUUUUGCUCUUUAUUGUGAUACCUUUGAUUUACUUUCCUUGCUCACUGAAACAGAAAAAUAUAACAGUGCAGCAUCUUCGGAAGGAAGCAGUACUUCUUUAACCCACAGUUAUCAACAUUCACUCGUUAAUCAGUUGGUGGAACUGUAUGAAGUUGCCCAGCUACUAGAAAUGGAUUCUCUUGUAUAUGGAUGUGAAGAUCUUUUAAUAGAAAACUUAAGCCAGGAGAACCUUAGCCAGAUCCUACAGUGGAGUGAACAGCCACACGGUUCCCAGUGGGUUCACCGUCAAGCCAUGAAUUAUCUGCGAGAAGAAUUUUCAACGCUGGUAGCAUCUGGAAUGUUUGUUCAUCUAGAGAAACAUCACCUUAAAAAAGCUAUUACAUCAGAUUUUCUACAGGCAAGUGAGCUGGAGGUUUUACAAGCAGUACUUCGAUGGGGCGAAGCUCAGCUGUGUAAGCAAAGUGGAGAUAGAGAACCAGUAGUAACAACUCCACAGCCAGUUUAUAUGGUUGGCCGUAAAGGGCCCAGAAGAAGAGACUUUUGUUUUGCUGAGCUAAGAGAUAUCAUCUCUGAUUUGAUUUGUUUUGUAAGAGUCGAUCACAUCUUGCCACCAGAGAGCGAUUUACUAGCAAAUGCUGUGAAACGAGGCUUAUUCCCUUCCCCUCCGUCAUGCAUGCUGGACGAUGAUCACUUGCAAGGUAGUGGGGUGUAUCACAGAAUAGCAUCUUGGAUUCGAGGAAGGAAGGGUGGUCCAGUGAGCCUUCCGAGACUGUUUUCUCCCUACGUGGAAGAAGCACGGGCUUGGCUUGACGAGCACUCGGCUCGAGAGCUGGAGCCGUGGACCUCCUCACAUAGUACCGAGUGUCAGCCAACAGGAGACAGACCUUCUGUAUGUAGAAGUUCUGGAUUUCAUACAACAGACUCAGCAGAGGGUAUUGAGUUUUUGGAUGGAAAUGUACCAGUUCCGAGUGAUGCUACCUUAAGAUUAAUGAGGAAGAGAGAACAAGAACUACGACAUUCUCAAAGUGCUAGACAAGCAUUUUCUUAUAAACAGGUCCGUUGUGAGGCCACAAAAUUGAUUCAACUUCAAGUUGUUCGUGAAUUUGGACUCCCAGAUUCGGUGGUUGAGGUACUUCACAGACCUAUGUAUCUGUUUGUUGAGGAGCUAAAUGAUGGAGACCGCAGACUCGCAACUUGUUCGGUACAUCAGGAACCUGGUCGAACUGGUGGUAAUUUCAGUUCAUUUGUUGGUGAUUACAGUUCUCAUGAAGUCCAGUGGGGCUAUCAGGCUUCAGGUGGAGAUAUGACAAGCUACCUGCGUAGUAACAUUCCAGACAUUGCUAUAGCAACAACAACAUUGAGCAAGAUCCACAUAGCAACAGAUAACAGUCCUGAUGUACAGUCUUGAGGAUAGGUCUCUGUUGUAGUUACUGGUGGUUAAUAGUCAUGUUGUAAAGACUUAAUGCAGCUUUUUUGUAAUUUAUUACAUUGAGUUAGUCUGCAAUGAGUACAGAGGCCUAAAUCUGCAGGGUUUGACUGCUUAAUACACCCACCAUCAUUUUUAAACUGCUGGUAAUGAUGGUACAUAUACUGGUGUAAAGUAAACAUUUCAACCUGUAAAUAUAAAACUUAAAAAAUGUAUAAAGUUGAAUAUGGUUGCAGAUGCAAGUUGUUAUGUAAGGCUCUCUCUAAUUAGUGCAUUUAUCAUCCACAGGUUUAUAUAGAUAAAGACUGGCAUCUGUUAAUGCCUUAUUUUGACAUCAAAAUUAUACUUUUUUCUGUUAAUAGGGGGAGCACUUUAAAGGUUUUUGAUUUAGCCAAUGAGCAUUAAUGACAUACGACUAAUAUUUUUGUCUUGACCUAGCCAGUUCCCCCGUGCUACAUCAUCACAUGUUUCAUGUGUUAUGGAUAAUUUGAGUGGACCAAUUUUCACUAAAUUAAACAUUUCUCGCUAUAAACAUUUCUCAUUGACUCGUGUAGUCACCUUGAACCCAUGAAUUCUUUGUGGAAGAAAAUAUUUUGUAAAGUUUGUUCUCAUGUCGAGAGUGUAUUAUAUAUAUGUACAAAAUUUAGCUAAGCAUUCACUUACUACAGACUUAAUACCUUUCUGUUUAUUCAGGUUAAGGUACUAGUGCAGUAUCUCAUCACAAGAGAUCUGCAUUGUUUCGAUCUCAUCCAGUUGAAGUCUCUUGUUAUUUAUAGAAUCUCGCUUGUGCUACAACAUUAAGAUAACUAAUUUGGCUUGUAUCAUGUUAAACUUUAUUACACUGGUGUUUUAGUUUUUUAUAAUCUUUUUUGUAUUACUUAAAAUUUUCCGAGGCUUUGUGACUUUUUUUUUCAAAUCAACUUUGAAUACAAACUAGAUAUUCAUUCUUUGGUAAAUGUUCUAUUGUAUGAUUAGUGAAAACCACAAAGAUUAUGUUUGUAUUCUCACUUCUUAUAAUGACAAACAUAUAUAUACACAUUUUUGUAAAGGUUUCAUUCUGCUCAUUGAAGUAUUACAGUCAUUUUGUGACACUGUUCUUAGUACUGGUGUGUACAUGAGUCUCAGGAUAAAGAUGAUUUAAUGAUAAAAUCUCUUAUCAAAAUAACCAACAGCAUCUUUACAAAAUACAGUAAAACUCAACGUUACAGUGCAACGUUUGAACAUAAAUUGGUUUGUAUGUUAGGUGUGUUAUCAAGUAAUCAAAACCUUGAAUUCCAUAACCUGGGGUAAUCUCUUAUCAAAACAACCAACAGCAUCUUUACAAAAUACAGUAAAACUCAACGUUACAGUGCAACGUUUGAACAUAAAUUGGUUUGUAUGUUAGGUGUGUUAUCAAGUAAUCAAAACCUUGAAUUCCAUAACCUGGGGUAAUCUCUUAUCAAAAUAACCAACAGCAUCUUUACAAAAUACAGUAAAACUCAACGUUACAGUGCAACGUUUGAAUAUAAAUUGGUUUGUAUGUUAGGUGUGUUAUCAAGUAAUCGAAACCUUGAAUUCCAUAACCUGGAGUAAUACCAAGAAUAUACUGUUUUUAAUGUGAUUCUAAACAAAACAGUAGAAGAAAGGAAAUGAUUAAUGCUUGUUGCUUUUUUUCAUUGUUGAUAAACCGAUAAUAAAUAUAAUUUAAUCAUUUGUUCA